UCAUCAGCGCUCCUCUGUGCACAACGCAGCGCCACACGGUGCAGCGAUGUGGCUUCUACGUGUGGCGCUGUUGCAGGCGCUCAUUGGCUCCAUCCUUCCUCGAUCGCACAGCGGCUGGUGCCAAUUAGGGUGCGACUGCCGGGGCGAGCUCAAAUUCACCAUCUGCUCACGGGCCAUGUUCACCGCCCUGCCUCCCCAAUUCCCGUCCACCACCGAGCUCCUCGAUCUAUCCCACAACCUCAUCUCGACCAUCCCCGAGCACGCGCUAUCCCACAACCGCAAGCUCCGUGUGCUCCUGCUCCAACACAACAACAUCAGCCUAGUGGAGGAUGGUUGUUUUUCGCAGCUUGAAUUCCUCCAGAAGUUGGACCUGAGCUGGAAUCGCAUCCGCAGCCUGAGCGAGGGUUUCUCCAUUGGGCUGACCUUCCUCCGAGAGCUCCAACUAGCCUACAACCUCCUGACCAGCCUAGAUAGCCGCAGCUUCAUGCACCUAGAUGGGCUACAGAGACUCAACCUGACAGGCAACUUCAUCCACAUGAUCCGGAUGAGGUCUUUCGCCUCCAUGAGCUCCCUGCGGCAGCUCCACCUCGCCGGGAACCAGCUUACCGACCUCAAGAGCGGAAUCUUCUCCAUGUUGCGUUCCUUAGAAGUCCUCAACUUGGAACGCAACUACAUCAGCGAGACAGACGUAGGUGUCUUCAAACCUCUGACCAGCAUGACCUUGCUCAACCUCGGAAACAACCAGAUGUCCACCGUGUACUUCAAGACCUUCCUCAGCAUCCACACCUACAGCACCCACAUCCUGAUGGAGGGGAAUCCGUGGAACUGCGACUGCGAUCUCCAAAGGGUGUUCCGAAAACUGCGCUCCAUCCAGAGGCUCUUCUUGGACGACUACACCAACCUGACGUGCCGACAACCAGCAGUGCUGGAGGGGUACCGGCUCAUGGAGGUGGACGCAGAGCUGUGCAUCGCGGAGACAGUGACGGUGCUGAUCAUCACCGUUACCGUGGUGAUCACCGUGCUCGCCGCCAUGCUGAUGGGAGAGAGGAAGAGGAAGAAGAAGAAGAAGAGCAAGCACUGGACCCAGCAGGGGGAGCUGUCGGAAGAGUCGGAUUAUUAA